AUGUAUAAUGGCACCAACACGGAUCAAACUUGUCUGAUUGCAUAUAGAAUGCAUCUUAAGUACACGCGAGCACUCGAAGAAAGAAUUAUAGACCUCGAGUCUCAAAUUCCAGAUGAGAGGCCAGCAAGUCUCUCUUCCAGUCGGAGAAUAUCUACACAGGAAUCUGCGCCUCGAAGAGGAAAUGAAACAGACCAUGUUUCUCACGCUUCUCUUGCGUCAAGGCCACCAUACUCUCGCCAUAUGCCUCAGGAUAGCCCCUCGUCAGAUUCUAUUCCUAUGAAAUAUCUGGCCUUCUGCCCAUCAUUAACCUCCCCCUCCCCCCAUGCAGCGGAGGGUUUGCCAGACCCUCAUGGCCAAUGUGGACAUUCCGGUCUGUUGAUUGGCAUACUAGCUACUCUCACGUGUACCGAUUUCUCUGGAUUCCCCCGAACACAGUCUGAAAGCCCAAAUGCCCACACCUUUUCACAAUUCACGGAUCAGGUAUUACAAGCAAAUCGUGUCCCGCGGCUUUCAAAUGAGGCAUCUGACCGUUUGGUUCAAGUAUAUUUGGAAAGAGUUAACCCACGAUAUCCUUUUCUUCAUCUAGCUACUUUUCUCAGUUGGUAUGGAUCGUGGAAAGCCCAUUCACAGAUGGAUAGGGCAAGACAUCAGGAGUCUCUAUGGAAGGACUAUUUUGUAACCAUGGUGCAUGCUGUUGCCCUACUUCUAACACCUCGGGUCUCGGUCGAUGACAUUGCUAUUUCUCAAUCUUUGUACAACACUGCUAUGCAAUAUCUUACCCACGUUUUCGCGCAACCUGAUCCUGUUUUACAUGCCCAGGCAUAUCUCCUUUUGACUCUGCAUGCACUCCAUUCUCCAUCAUCACAGAUGAUUGUCACCAUUGUCUCUGCAAUGAUGAGAUAUUGUGUCAUGGCCCAACUUCACUUAGCUGAGAGCGAGCCGCAGGUGCCAAAUCCUGCGUUUUCCUUGGAGGUCCAAACGCGCCGUCGAGUGUUUUGGUCUGCUUAUGCUUUGGAUCGAUUUAUCAGUUGGAUCUAUCACAUUCCGAACAAUAUCAUUGAUGAACACAUUAGUGUGGAGCUUUUUUCAAACGUGGGAGACGCGGACCUUCACCACGAAGGAUCAGAGGACAGCCGCAUCCGAAUAGAAACACCAUCGCAGAAAACACAUGUCUCACCAGCCCUUCACCUAUUCCGGUGCAGACGUAUACAAUCCCGGAUCAUCAGCACCAUGAUGCGGUCUGAUUUCAAAGAAAUCGAUGCCUCAACGACAUGGCGAGAACACAUGUUGGGCGAAUUGGACUCUUGGAGGUCUCAAUUACGGCUAUUGAGCGAUGUUGCCUCCAAAAGCUACACGAGCGAUCGAUGGGUUGGCAUGGCUUACAAUUACACGAUCCUCCUAUUACACCAGCCAACCAAAGCAAACGUCUGUAAUGGCUUUGGGGACCGAUCAGUCCCAGCCUGUGUUCACAUUGCUAUGACAUUUAGGACUUUCCAGAAAGACCGACAGACAGCACAACUAUGGCCUGGGCUCUUGAGUCAAGUCGCCGUGGGUAUCACCCUUCUAUACUGCUUCUGGGCGACUCCACCUCAACGUCAAACCACGGCCUACCGAUCACGAGAAAUCCCAGACGCAUUACGCGCCUGCUCAACUGCACUGGCAAUUCUUGCUGAGCGAUGGGUUCAGGCUGAACCUUUGCGCGAUGUCUUCGAUGUUCUAGCCAAGGAAGUUCCAAUAUACGGGACGGCAGAGGAAGACCCGCCACCGAGGCGCAUUUCGGCGGAGUCUGCUUCCUAUAUCCAAUCCCAGAUGCCUCUGCUUACGUCGAUCAUCAUGCAUCGGGGUGUCUUGCGCAUGAUAUGGGAGAUGACCACGGAGGAUUUCCCUCGGAGUCUAGAUGAGGAAUUCCACCACCCACUGCCGGCAUCGCAUGACCAAACUAUGCUUGGGAGUUUAGGUGGUCACAUGUGCUCCGAGGAGUGUCCGCUUUUCCAUGAACAAAUUCAUCCUGGAUCGAUGGCUGGUGUGGGUGCCCAGACUUUUUCUCCACUCGAGGACGGGAUUAGCAGUGCUUAUGAGGUUGACGAGACACUCAUGUAUCCUCUCCUCUUUGGUUCAGCGGAAUUCUGA